UGUUGAUAAGAUGAGGUGAGGAAAUUCUACCGCUGAUUUGUUUUAUCAACUUGUUUACUACACCACCAUGGCUCUAUUCACUUAUUCUGUCACUCGCAUGACGUUUGUUCUCCGCAGUUUAUUUGUUAUUGCGCGAGUAGACUGUGCUUAAUUCCGAAGUAAGCUUAAAUAGAGGCAUGAAACGUUUGAAAAGAAUAACACCUGAUUUGUCCGUGAUAUGAUUGAAUGAACAACUGAUUUCAGACGCAGGCUACGCUAGUUCUAAUGGACUGGUGUCACUGUCAGCACUAGUAGCUAGCUUGGAUGCUGAUGGAGGGGAGCAGUGAUUAUGCAAGGGCUGAUUCUGUGGUCCAAGAUUGAAUGAUGGCCUCAGAAGAUACCUGUAGCUGCUACUAUAUUGUUGAUCUGUGUGGGGUAGUAGCCUAAGCUAAGUUAUGUGUUUGUGGCAUAUUGUUGAAAGAACUCUGGUAUACAUCAGAGGAGUGCAGCCAGCCUACUUUCAACACAGACAUAAUCACUUCAAACUUCAAAAUGUGAAAAUGGCAUAAAGAUUGGCCUUUAUGCAAGAUCCUUAUUUAUUUGUUUGCUGUGAUAAUAAUGUUAUCAUGCAUGGCAUGAAAGUUGGGAAGUUGUAAUGAUGUAGUCUACAAAUUAUGCAGUCUAUGAAUGUAUACAAAAUCAGCUGUUAAAUGGAGUCUAUUGUAAUCAUCUAAUUAUUGUGUUAUUAAGCCCCAAGUUUAUUUGAAAAAUAGUUCUUGUAUGCCCAAGAAGUUACACUUUAAGCUAACAAUUGCUCUCUGUUGACAUUUGUUUAAUGUUGGAAUGGAUGGUCGAAAGAUAGCCCUACCAUGCCCAUCAUCAUUAGACAACCAAGGAAUGUAGAUGGACUAGGAUAUUUUCCUUCUUUUUUUUCCAGAUUGAGAAGUGUCCAAGGAUGGCCGGCGGUCAGAGGUCCUGUUGUGUGUCUGUAGAUUCUUACUCAGCAGGUACAGACGGCACUGGGGUCCACGGGUUGUAUAGACAGAUGUACUUCAUGAAAGACUGACUGCUUUGCAGACUCAAGCUACUCUGUCCACUGAGGGAGAUGCAAGAUCUUCAGCCAAUGUUGUCUCAGCUCCAGCCACUGAGUCAGGCACCCCAGGCCCUCAGUCCAGCUUCGGUCCACACCCCUAUUUUUGCAUGUGCCUCUGCUCUGCAGGACCUGACCCCAGUUUCUGAGCACACGUCACUGUUGGUGGAAGAGCACGAUGAAGUAGAAGUGGCUGCCGCAGAGGAAGAGGAGGGUGUUGACCCCACGGUGCUUGAUAUGGCUCCACCAUCUCCUGAUGACGACACAAUAAGGCACACCUUUGGCUUCUUGGCACAGCUCCCAGGCACAUACUUUACUCCUGUACCCUCCACUGCUGCCCAUGACACAAUCUCCAACACUGGCGUGACCUCCAUGACCUCAACCACACUGCUGACCCUGGCACGACCUCAAUCACUACUGACCCUGGCACGACCUCCACUACCUUCAACCCUGGCACCAUCUCCACCACCACUGGUACCUCCUCCUCGCGGGAUGCAGGGAUACAGUCUACUGGACCUACUGAAUUGCACAAAACUAUGGCUGUUGAAGACCAGUGUCCCUGAAUACCAGCACAUCGGCAGACUUCCAGAAUAUUUGGUUGGGCUCCUGGAUCAGACAUCUCUUCCUCACUAAUCACAAGGCAAAACAGUAGCCCUUUGGAAAAGACUGGAUGAACGUGACAAGCGGGUUGGUGUAUGUUGCACGGCACCAAGACAAACUGCUGAGUGGACAUUUUAAAAUGCCAAAGAAGCCUUCAAAGACAUCAGGUGUGGAGAGCACAACCCGUAGCAUCUUGGAUGCAAGCAGUACACCUGUGGCUGGACUGUUGUCAGCUAGUGGAGACAGUUUGUAUUAGACUGUGUGAUGAGCACGGACUAUUUGAAAGGUUGGAUAGUCUCUAUAAUGUUAAUGGGUUUUUUUAUUUGGGCGGGGUCAUUAUUGGGAUUUUAUCUGAUUUUUAUAAUCGCGUAAUGGUGCAACAUAUGUCGUAUUUUCUUUUAAAUGGCCUAUGGAUACUUGACCCGGAUUAUCCUCUGUCUGGACCAUGCACAGUGACUUUUUGAGACUCAGGCUGUGUCUCAAAUGCCGCACUUGCUGACAGUGACAGUUGAUGGGACACCAACCUUUUCAUGCCAACCAAAGUAUUGUAUGUGUGAUUGUUGUCCUUUGGGGUGAAGGACAUGGAAAUAUAACCACCAGACGCUGUGCAUUGUAAACAGUAGGCAACUCAUAUUUUGGCAAGCUAAUGCCAUGCUCAGCCGUCACUUCCAGCGAGGGCACAGUGCACAGUGCUCAAACGUUUCCCCGACACUAUGCACUAAAGACCUCAGUGCACUGUGUGCACUAUGCACUGACUGUCAGUGCACUGACAAAAGUGCGUCAUUUGAGACAUAGCCUCAGACUCUAGCUAUGAAACAUGUAAUGGACCACUCUUAUUCUCUCAUCACCAACCUCAGCGGUGUGUGUGUGUCAGUGUUUUUAUAUAUGAAUGCUACUGGACACCUUAUUUUCCCUCAGGAUUAAUAAAUGUUACUCUGCUCUACUCUAAAGAAGGAUUUAAAGUUGCCAUUGACAGCUGAUGCUGGCUUUUUUGUUUAAGUUUUGUUAUGGUUAAAAAAUAAAAUUUCUACUUAAUUACA